ACUUCAAAACAAUCAAAGAAGAGUAAUAAUCUCAUUUUAACUAAAGUAACCGUCUGUCAGCGUAGCAGUUUGACGGGCGAGUAGAGAUUGGUAAGUAGGUACCUUCUAUGAGCUGGGGGUUGGUAAAAGGCUUAUAUCACCGACCAGUCACUUUAACAUCAGGCUCAAUUGGCGUGGAGCUGUGAGAGAGGGUUGGUUUCAGAUUCCACAGAUUUUAAGGAAAAAUUGAUAAAAACCAAAAAUGUUUCUUUUUCGAAAAAUUAUUUAAAUGAAAACGAAAUUAACAUCUUCAUUUCGAUUGAUUCGCUUCUUCAACUCUCUCUCUUCUUCUUCAUCUAUCUGCUUCUGCGAAACCCUAGAUUUUGGUGUGAAGAAGACUUCAAUGGCGGAAGAAGUAGCAGAGAACGUUAACGCUGUGCCGGUUUCGGAAGACGAGCUCUAUGGAUUUAAACGGCCGGAGAUGUACAGUGGUACUCUCGCCGGUUCCGUUGGUCCGUACGGUCGUCAUGUGUUCCUUUGUUACAAGAGUCAUGAGACUUGGCUUCCUCGUGUUGAAACUGAAGGUCUCCCGCAGCGUUUCGCUAAAUCGUUUAAGGAUCGGAAAGCUGAUUUCGGAGUUGAGACGAAGCUUACGGUGUGUGGUGGUGGUGAAUCUGAUGGAGAUGUGUUGAUUUUCCCGGAGAUGGUUAGAUACAAGGCGAUUCAGGACACGGAUGUGGAUGCUUUUGUGGAAGAUGUGCUUGUGAAAGGAAAACCAUGGACUUCUGGGGUUCAGGAAGAGUUAAGUGGUUCCUUUGUGUUUGUGUGUGCUCAUGGUAGCCGAGACAAGAGAUGUGGUGUUUGUGGACCAGUUCUUAUGGAGAAGUUCCAGCAGGAGAUAGGUUCACGUGGGCUUUCAGAAAAGAUCGUCGUUUUGCCGUGUUCUCAUAUCGGUGGGCAUAAGUAUGCUGGAAAUUUGAUUGUCUUCAGCCCUGAUUCAGCUGGAAAUGUUUCUGGCCACUGGUAUGGCUAUGUGACUCCUGAUGACGUGCCUGCAAUGCUUGAUCAGCACAUUGCAAAAGGAGAAAUCAUACAAAACCUUUCCAGGGGAGGGAUGAGACUAAGACCCGAGGGUGAGGAAGCUGAAAAAGAGGAUGAGCAUAAAAUCCCAAACGGAAACAGUGUAGUGGUGGAAGCACGCGAACCUGUGGAGCAGAAAGGAUUCACAGGAGGUUGUUGCCAAGGUGCAAACGGAGUUUCAUGUUGCCAAGAACAAACUCCAGAGCCAGUGAAGAAAGAAGAAUCCAUGAAGCUUAACUGGUUGAGAACAAUAGGGAAAGAAGAGGUUCUCUUGGGAGCAGCAGCAGUAUCAGCUGUCGCAACCAUAGCCGUGGCUUACAGCAUUUACAGAAGGUCAGGUUAAGAACCUGAACCCACCCUCCUCUUUUUUACCCUUUCAAGAAGAAACUAGGAAAAAAAAAAACUUUAUUUUUGGUAGCCAUAUUAUAUAGCAAGGUAAAGGAAAAAAAAAAAAAAAAACAUGGAGAGGUGAUAAUAAUCUUUUGGAACUAUGUAACCAUCAUUUGGUUUCCGUAUGGGCAAUACAGGAAUGUGAUGUAAUCUGCCUUUGACUCGGUUUAGUUUUGGUUGUCUUAUUAUGUUAACAUGGGAAUAUAUCAAUCUGA